GCAGAAAAUCACCGCGGAGAUGGCCGCGUUUCUGCAGGAGCUGCGUCGGAAGGUGAAGGUCGGGGUCGUGGGCGGUUCCGACUUCGAGAAGAUCAAGGAGCAGCUGGGCGAUGACGUGGUUGAAAAAUUUGACUACGUUUUUUCAGAAAAUGGGCUUGUAGCAUACAAAGACGGGAAAUUCUUAAGCAAACAGAACAUUCAGGGUCACCUGGGUGAGGACAUACUUCAAGAUCUAAUCAACUACUGCCUGAGUUACAUCGCGAAGAUUAAACUGCCAAAGAAGAGGGGCACUUUUAUUGAGUUCCGAAAUGGGAUGUUAAAUGUGUCCCCCAUUGGAAGAAGCUGCAGCCAGGAAGAACGAGUUGAGUUCUAUGAACUUGAUAAAAAGGAACAUAUAAGAGAGAAAUUUGUAGCUGAUUUACGAAGAGAAUUUGCAGGAAAAGGCCUCACAUUUUCUAUAGGGGGCCAGAUAAGCUUCGAUGUGUUCCCAGAUGGCUGGGAUAAGAGGUACUGCUUAGGAAUCAUUGCCAACGAUGGAUACAAGACCAUCUAUUUCUUUGGAGAUAAGACUAUGCCAGGGGGGAAUGACUAUGAAAUUUUUACAGACUCCAGAACAGAAGGCCACAGCGUCACAUCUCCACAGGAUACAAGAAGAAUCUGUGAAGAGCUCUUUUUUAAAUAAGACUUUUAGAAUUCACACUUACGAAACGGUUAAG